CGCAGCGGAGGCGGCGGGGAAGCGGCACAAGAGCGCGGCGUCUCCGCUGCACCCCGGCUUCUGAUGCCCCUUCGCGACUGCACGCCAGCCCGGCGGCCGCGGCUCCGGGAGGAUGCGGCUCUUCCUCCUCGCUGCAACUUUCUGGGGAUUGUGUCUGGCGCCAGGUUCGGGUUUGCAAAUACAGUGUUACCAGUGCGAGGAGUUCCAGCUAAAUAAUGACUGCUCCUCCCCAGAGUUCAUCGUGAACUGUACGGUGAAUGUUCAAGAUAUGUGUCAGAAAGAAGUAAUGGAAAAAAGUUUUGGGAUCAUGUACCGCAAGUCCUGCGCCUCCUCGGCCGCGUGCCUGAUCGCCUCCGCCGGCUACCAGUCCUUCUGCUCCCCUGGCAAGGUCAACUCCGUCUGCAUCAGCUGCUGCAACACCCCGCUCUGCAAUGGACCCCGCCCCAAGAAGAGGGGCAACUCUGCUGCAGUGCCCAGGGCACACAUCAUAACCACUCUUCUGCUCCUUAAAUUGGCUCUGUUGCUUUCGUACUGCUAAACUUCAAGCAAGCUGGUUUGU